GUAACGGAUGCGUUGGAAGCAGGUUGUGAAACGCAUUGCUCCCGUUCCCAAAACCAGUUCCGGGCGAAGCAAAUCCACAAGGCCGACUCUGAGGUGAUGUUCCGCCGCCCGCCCGGCCCCAUCGCGAACCCCAUCGAGAGCUGCGACACCAUGGAGCAGGCGUUCCGAAAGUCCGUCGAGAAGUACAAAGAGCGCCCCUUCCUGGGCACCAGGGAGAUCCUGGAGGAGAAGGAUGAGGUGCAAUCCAACGGGCGCGUGUUCCAGAAGUUCGUGCUCGGCGAGUACAGCUGGCUGACGUUCGCGGACAUGGACGCGAAGACGGAGGCGUUCGGCCGCGGCCUCCGGGAGAUCGGGCAGGAGCCCAAGUGCAACAUCGUCAUCUUCGCGGAGACGCGGGCGGAGUGGCUCGUCGCGGCGUACGGGUGCAUGAAGCACAAUAUCCCAGUCGUGACGAUCUACGCGACGCUGGGCGAGGACGCCAUCGCGCACGGGAUCAACCAGACGGAGGUGACCCACGUGAUCACCUCGGCGGAGCUCCUGCCCAAGUUCAAGACGAUCCUGCACCACACGCCGAAGGUGAAGCACCUCGUCUACAUGGAGAGCCCGCUGAAGAAGCAGCCGGAGUUGGCCGGGUUCAAGGAUGGCAUCCAGUUGCAUGCCUUCGAGGCCGUGCUCGAGGCGGGGGAGCGAUCCACCAUC